AUGUCGUCCACUGUAACGUCGCUUUCCACCAACACUGAUCGCCAGAUCUUGCCGCAGACGCCCAGCGCGAGGGACUCCAAGAAAGCAACUGACCUUGUUGGUCCUACAGCGCCCAACCCUUCCCCAGGCAGGUUUAGGCAUCCUAAGACAUCGGAGAUCAUCGCAAGACAAGCCGCUACGAAGCUCACACCCAAGCGCAGUUGGAAUGCACUGCUCAAUCUAACGGCUCUACUUUUAUCCUUCUGGCUCAGUUACAUUGUCCGCGUAAGCGAUGUCGUGCUCCUCUACUUGUUCGACAGCUCGAUUGCCUCCUGGUAUCACCCUUAUAUGGGAAUUGUACUCGUCCUGCUGCGUCUCAACUUUUGCGCCAGAAUCAUUCGUUCCCUCCGCCCAGCGAUUCCGUAUAUCUCAAAACAAGACGACAUCUCGGACAUUCCAUUGACACCUUCACAACGGGCGUUGCUGGGCCUCAAUCCCUCUAUUCAAUCAACACCAGCAUCAGUGGCUUCUGAUGUCCAUUAUAUCACCCCUCCCAAGUACCGACGUUCAUCAGGCUCGUUUUCUGGUACAUCUAAUGGCGGUCUAACCACCGAUCGCCGGAGUGUGUCCGCAACCUAUUCAGACUCACCUUUCUCUGCAUCUCGACACACGCUCGGUUUCUCGCAAACUCCACAUUCAACUCGGCGCGCGUCUGGGUCGCCAUUUUCACCAUCUCCGACUGCAAGUCCAUUGUUUCAUAAAGCUGUCAAUCAGUCAUCUCAGAAAGCUCCAGAUAUUGACUUCAGCGCCAGCACACAGUCCUUUGGGCUCAGUACAGGAACCGGUCUCGGCAGAUCCCAAAGCCUACGUGAGAGUUCGAGGAGAGAUAGUCUAGACCCGGGCUCACCGACACCAGGAACUAGGAGUCCUCAGCUGGUACCUGGUGUAAAUUAUAAGUGGCUAUAUGAGAAAGGUAGAAAGCUACCGAAAAGCGAGUCUUUUGGAUCAUUCGGUUUAUGA